CUGCAGGUGACGGUGGAGCGGCGGAGACGCCCUCCGCACCUACCCAGAGAAAAAAAACACCCCCGUAGGGUUCCCUCAGCGCCCUGGCAUUAUAUGUCAGUCACGCACAAAGUUGAGGGCAACAACUUCCCUGAGAGGAACCCCAGUCCGUCCAGUUUGCCUCCAGCUCCACUUCCUAUAUUGUCACGUUCUGUUUGAACACGAGGAUCAGAUCGGAGCAGAAUGACAGGAGAGCUGAAGGACGGCGACACGGAGGAGGAGAUUCUGCAUUCGUUCAUCCGGAAACAAGGGAACAUUUACAAACCGAACAACAAAGACAUGGAAAACGAAAGUUUGAACGAGAAGGCGAUGGACGACGUCCACACCAAAGAGAUCGACCUGGUCAACCGGGAUCCAAAGCAUAUCAACGACGACGUUGUCAAGGUGGACUUUGAAGACAUCAUCGCAGAGCCUGCAGGAACCUACAGCUUUGAUGGUGUGUGGAAAGCCAGCUUCACCACCUUUACCGUUACCAAGUACUGGUGCUACCGACUGCUAACGGCACUGGUCGGCAUCCCCCUGGCACUGAUCUGGGGAAUCUUCUUCGCCAUCCUUUCCUUUGUGCAUAUCUGGGCUGUGGUGCCUUGCGUGAAGAGCUACCUUAUCGAGACCCACUGCAUCAGCCGCGUCUACUCAAUCUUCGUGCACACCUUCUGCGACCCAUUGUACGAGGCCAUGGGCAAGUGCUUUAGCAACAUCCGGGUCAGCACAAUAAAGAAGGUGUAGGAUCCUGAAACAUGAGGAAAGAGGAGUGUUAUUUGAAAUUACAGGAGGGAGGAAAGGUGAAAUGGAGCAAAGUAAAUGGAGAGAAAAGUUCUCUCCAUGGUGGUUUAACCAACCAGGUGGGCACAGAAAAUUCAAAGGGUAUUUCUUCUGGGUUUUUCCAGAUUUUUUUCUUUGUUUGUUUUUUUACACCUUCCUGUUACUUUCGUCAAGCAAGCAGUCUAGAAAACUUCAUAUCUUCUCUUUAGUUCUGUAGAGUCCUUCCAUGUGUAAUUUGUGUGAGGAGAAAGAGGUCAGGGUUUACUGCUGUCAUCUCUCCACCUUUUUCGAAUUUGCUGUUUUGGACCCGUAGGCCUGGGUGCGGUGGUCAGGUGCCAGUGGGUCGUGAGGUUCAAACCAGAGAUAAAGAGCAAGCUCUGCCGGAUUCUGUCUGACUCAACAAACAUGUAACAGGCGCUCGCUCUGAGCGACACAACAGCAAUCUCGUGCUGCCAUUCCAUAACCUCCAAUCCCCCCAAACAUUCUCAUUCACCAACCAUCCCCCCCUUGCCCUCCUCCUUCUCCCUGGCAGUCUGACACACUGAGCCCGCCCAUCUUGCUUGCGCACACCUGUGUUUCCUUGUCCUCCAUCACGCCCCUACGCUGCCUCUAGUUGUAGAAGCCAUCUCCUGUAAGCACUCCCUCUCUCUCCACUGCCUUGUUCCUACACCCUAUUCAACAACCUCCAUUCUGCACCACAGAUUUCAUCACCAGUGCCUUCAUAGCCACAGAUAUGUGUGUAACAGAGGAUAUUUCUGAACUGUGCCUGCAUUUUUCACCUUUUUUAGAGAUAUUUCCACUUUCUGUUGUUCACAUUACAUAAUUCCAGAGUGCCUUUGAAUAUGAAGAGCUUUGAGGGUUUUCUAAUUCUUUUAAAUGUCGUUGCUUAAAUAUGCUACAUGUGCUGUAUGUGUGGUUAUGUAAAAAGCAAUGGCCCUAUAUUCCAGUGCACCAAUCUCUGGGAAAGUAUUAACAUGUCCUUUCUUUCUUUAGCACUGCAAUUUGAACUUAGACUGUACCAGAUUGAGCUUGUGUGAAACCUUUUGUGCUAUUUUCACAGGAUAAUGCUAUGGAAUUAAGGCAAUGUGAGGCAGAAUAUAUGCUUUUUUUGGAUGCAUUUUUAUCUUUUACAUGAACUCCUUGGUGCACCCUCACCCUGUUUUUGCCCCCUGCUCUGCUUCUCAUCUGUGUAUGUGAUGCAGAGAAGCCCGUCCCACCCCGGAGAAGGGUGGAUCCACGGACUGGAUGGGGUAACUGGGCUGGUAUUGGGUUGGAGUUCUGUUUUAUUGAGAAACUAAGCUCGCUUUAAAUGUCUGCCACCUUCAGUUUAUCUGGUGUCUUUUCACAGAAUUUGAUAUAGCGUCUUGGCACCUGUUUUGUUUUUUUGAAAAUGAGCUUUUAAGUUCUGAAAGUAACAUUUUUUCUCUGUAAGAAAUCAUUUUUCUCUCUUCUUUUUAUGUACAUUAUCACGCUGUGCACAAAUAAAAUUUAAUAUAAUCAA